CAUACCUACGCUUGGUGCUGCUGUCAUUCACAGAUGUCUGACUAAACCUGAAGAAUUGAAGUUAUUUUCAGGACUUUUGGUUUGUCAGCAACGCAAACACUUUUAUUCAUAUACCUGGAAUCAACAAUUGUGUCAUCAGCACAGAUAAGAUGAUCUUAUGACUGUGCAGACAAUUUCAUCAAAAUGCCAGGUGACUCAAGAAAAGAAUUUAUCUUGGCAACAACAGCCAAUUAUUUCUCCCUGUCUUUGGAGAAUGUACAGUCAUUGCAGAACUCUUCAGCUCUAAACACAUUCCUCGAUGAUGGCAAUGCUUCCAUCUUGGCUGCUAAGAUUGAUGCGAGAGGGGGAAGGAAGUCGGUUGAGUUUCAAAACAGAGUUGAACCAAGUGAAAACAAGGAUCAAGUGAUUGUUUUCUUCAAAAUCCGUCCUGAUGUGAUCACUCCUGACAACAUUCACAGCAAUAUUGUGGUGUCCUCCAUGGUGGAAUCCCCACUCAGCACAUUGUUCCAUGUUGUGCAGAAAGUGUAUGCACCUCUACUACUUCAAGAUGGCAAGUGGUCGCAAAACCUUGACCCCAAAGUUCAGAGUCUGUUAUCUGACCUUGAGGCAGGCCUUGGCAGUGCUAUCAGGAAGCAAGAUCCUUCUGCCCGUAGCAGAGCUGGUGAUGGUGGUGACGAUAGUCUUGGAAGUAUUCUUAGCCCAGUGGAGGAAUUUCAGUACUGGGAUGACAUGUCAAGAUCGGCAUCAGGCAGAGAUGCGAAAGACCAAGCUGCCAACUUCUGUGAUUUGUUCAAGCCUAUUUCAAAGGAAUAUGGUGGACUGGAUGCCAUGUCUUUACAGGAUGCACUAGAACUGGUGGAAAUUACCCAGGAUACACUAGAUGAUGUGUGGAAACAGACCGACUUUGAUCCCUACCCAGAGGCUCGCAUGAGGCAUCUCAUGGAUAUCAUUGCUGGCUCCAUUGGUCGGUAUGUCCAGAGGAAACUGGCUGACGAAGAUUUGUGGACAGGUCACUUUAGUAGUAUACGCGAGGACAUGCGAUCUGGCAUCACUGUGUGCGAGAGAUGGCUAGGUGUGUGUGAGACACUCACUGUGCAGUUCUGGCGCCGAUAUGGUCCUAAUCCUUGGAAAGGAGAACGCUUCAUUCCAGAGAACAUGAAGAAACUGGUCGUACGUCUGGAGGAGAUUCUGACGCUCCGGACAGUUCAUGAACAGCUGUUGAGGUUGCUGGGUGGUCAGGAUGAGAAAGAGUUGCGAACAGCGGAUGCCUUUUCACCAUUCCUGGGUUUGAAUCCACUUCAGUACAACCCCUACACACAGCCAUUGUGGGCAGCAGCUGUAGCUCAACAUGAGAGGGCAAUGGCGCCAGCAGAACAGAAACUAGCAGGGAAACUCCGGACACAGUUCCGUGCACUGGAUGGUAACCCUCAGCAGAUGCUGAGAGAGUUUCAACGGUACAAGGAUCUGAUCCGUAGGCCCACUAUCAGCAAGGAAAUGGUGUCGGAAAGGGAGACACUGCUAGGUCAGCUGACUGUCAACAUCCGGCAAAUCAGCGAGGACUUCAACAAUCGUACUGGAGGGCGUGGCAAGGGAAUGCCCAAGGGGAAGAACCUCCCUGAUGUCGUCAACAGUAUCAUAUAUGUCAGGCAACUCGAGGCUAAGGUUGAUGAGACGAAACAAGUAGCUGAGGCCCUUCUUGGUGAUCUGACCGGGUUUGAGAAGUUCCGUCGGGAUGCUACAGAGUUACGUGAUGAACUUGAGAGCUGGAGGAAAGAUCAGUUUGAUGAGUGGACCCGGGAUAUACAAGCUCUGGUAGAGGACACCAGACAGCCACUAAGCUUGGAGACGAAUGGUCGACUCAUGGAGUUGAACCAGAGAGAUGGUAAACUGCGGGUGAACUACAGUGAUCGCCUGGUUACCCUGCUGCGUGAAGUGAGGCAACUGUCGGCCAUUGGGUUUGCUGUACCAGCCAAGAUUCAGCAGGUGGCUAACACAGCACAGAAGUUCUACCGUCAUGGAGUCAUCCUGAAACAGGUUGCCCACUUCUACAACACCAUCGACCAGCAGAUGAUCGCCAGCCAGCAGGCCAUGAUGUUGGAGUCUGCUCUCGCUUUUGAGAAACUUGUCAAAAAUCCUAAAACAGGCUCGAAGUCCAAGGGCGAUGGUGUCCAGGUGACCUGGGACAACCCGGAGGAGCUGGAGUCGUACAUCAAGAAGCUCCAGGCAUCUGCCGACAGACUGACCACGGAGAACAGGAAGCUCCGCAAGUCUCACAACAUGGUCUGUGAAAAGGUUCAGAAUCUGAUGUCGGUGGAUCUGCUGAGACAACAACAGAAGUGGAAGGAUGGACUUAUGGACAUACGCCACCUCAUGGCUAGCCUUGUCCAGCAGGGUUUCACCAGUGAGAACAUGAAGCCAUGGAAGGCCCACUGGGACAGGCAGAUGUACAAAGCCCUGGAGCACCAGUACCAGAUUGGUCUGGAAGCCCUCAAUGAGAACCUGCCGGAGAUUAAAGUGGAACUUACAUACAGACAACAACGCCUCCAGUUCCGUCCACCAUUUGAGGAAGUGAAGGCCAAGUACUUCAGAGAGCUGAAGAAAUUCAUCAGCAUUCCAAACAACUUCAAGGGUGUUGGUGAAUCAACAGAGAAUCUCAUCUUCCCUGCUAUGAUCGACCGCAACGCUGAGGGUUUUGUCACCUGUUACAAGAAGGGCAACGCCCUCCUACACCGGCUCCAUACAGUCAUGGACCAGUUUAAGGACUGGGUGGUGCUGGGGAGUCUGGACCUGGAUCAGUUUGUGCUGGACAACCUGGUGGAGAUCUCCGACUGGGAGAAGAACUUCAAGGCACUCAAAACUCGGGGAAGGGAUGCAGAGAAGCUACCCAGUCAGAUCAAGGUGGACUGCAUCACCGUGAACACUACACCGGUGAAGGCUGUUAUUGAUGAUCACAUCCAGCGACUGUUUGAUGCCCUGCUCAACUCCCUGAGGAAAUCCAUCGCAGCUGAUGUCACCCAGAUAGACUCCUUCCUCAACACAGCUAUGGAGACCCUGUCCAAACGUCCCAACACUGUGGAGGAGAUUGGCGAUGCCAACUCCAAACAUGCAGAGUUUGCUAAGAGUAAGAAAGAGAUACAGCCCCUGUUUAACAAGACAGAGUCUAAGAACAAGCUACUGCGGUCAGUGGCCGGGGGUGGCGUGGAGUCCCUGGGACAGCUUCAGGGGCGGUGGGACAAGUUCGAGCUGAUGAUGGAGAGCCACCAGCUGAUGGUCAAGGAACAGGUGGAGGUGAUGAAGAGCAACGUGGACUCCAGGGUCAAGGCCUUCCAGCAGGAGGUGGAGAAGUUCUCGGCCCGCUGGCACCAGCUGAAGCCCGGCGACGAUGCCCUGGAGGGCGACCAAGAGAAGUGUGAGCAGGCCGUCCAGGUCAUCAACGAGAAGAAGCAGGAGUUUGAGGAACUGAUGGAGUCCAAGACAAAACUCAUGUCGGACUGUGAGCACUUCGAGAUGGAACAACCAGACUUGUCUAUCGUGGAUGAGAUAGCCAGUGACUUGAAGAACUAUCAGAGCAUGUGGAAACUGUAUGAGGAGUUCAAUGGUGGACUGCAGGAAUUGGCCAAGGAAGAUUGGAUAUCAUUUAGGAGCAAAGCGUACAGAUUCGAGGAGUUCCUAGGUGGCUGGUACGAGAGACUCAAGUCCGAGGAAACCACCACGAUGACAGUUAGACUGCAGAAGGACAUUGACAAGUACAAGAAUGUGCUGCCAGUGCUGAAGUGGGUGCGAGGCGAGCCCCUCUCCCAGGAUCACUGGAUGGAGCUGUUCCGACUCCUACACAUGCCCAAGGGAACAACGCUGGAGAAACUCACCUUCGGACACAUCCUGGCUGUCAGCGACAACAUCAUCAUCAAUGCAGAUGCUCUCAAGGAGUUGAACCAGAGAGCCCAAGGGGAGGUAACUAUCCGUGAAGCUAUCCGAGAGCUGGAGCUGUGGGGUGCAGGGGCGGUGUUUGCGCUGACAGAAUACGAAGACAGCAACAAAAAUACCAUUCAUGUCAUCAAGGAAUGGAAGGAUAUUGUCAAUCAGGUAGGAGACAAUCAGUGCCUUCUGCAGUCCCUCAAGGACUCUCCGUACUACAAGAGUUUCGAGGACAAGGCAUCAGUGUGGGAGCAGCGCCUGGCUGACCUGGACGAGUUCCUCCACAACCUCAACCAGAUACAGAGGAAGUGGGUCUACCUUGAACCCAUCUUUGGCCGUGGAGCUCUGCCACGAGAACAGGGUCGCUUCAAGAGAGUGGAUGACGACUUCAGGAACAUCAUGAUGGACGUGCACCGAGACAACCGCGUCCUGUCACUGGUGAGCAAGGCGGGGCUACGGAACCUGCUGUCUACAAGUCUGGACCAGCUACAGAGGUGUCAGAAGUCGCUCAACGAGUUCCUGGAGGAGAAGCGUUCGCUGUUCCCAAGAUUCUACUUCAUUGGUGACGAUGACUUGCUGGAGAUUCUGGGUCAGUCCACGAAUCCCAACGUCAUCCAGUCCCACCUGAAGAAGCUGUUUGCUGGAAUACACUCGGUACAGUUUGACGACACCUGCGAGCACAUCCUCGCCAUGAAGUCCCUGGAGGGGGAGGUGGUUCCUCUCAAACGCAAGGUCAAGAUCAUGCCAGAGGUUGAGAUCUGGCUCAGCAAACUGGCAGAAGAGAUGAAGGACACGCUGAGAGAGUUGCUGAAAGACUGCCUCAAGGACAACAAAUCUAGUGGCCUCGACCCCAACCGGUACCCAUCACAGAUCCUGUGUCUCGGGGAGCAGAUCCGCUUCACAGAGAACUGUGAGGAGGCGUUGAAGCGAGGCGGACUGCGGUCCUUCCUGGCGGAGAUUGAGAACCAGCUGGAGUCGUACACCAGCGUGGACCUUGCCGGCGCAGGCAAGGAAGGAGAAGCCCAUGUGCUGGAGCUGAAGCUCAAGGCUCUCAUUCUGGAUACCAUUCAUGCCAUAGAUGUCAUCCACUUUCUCAUGAACAGUGGUAUCAAGAGCACGGCUGACUGGCAGUGGCAGAAACAGCUCAGAUACUACCUGAGACGUGAUGGGCUGUGUUGUAUGAGGAUGGUGGAUUCUGAGUUCGAGUACACCUACGAGUACCAGGGCAACGCUCAGAAGCUGGUCCACACUCCGCUGACAGACAAGUGCUACCUCACGCUCACACAAGGUAUGCACAUGGGUCUGGGAGGUAACCCCUACGGCCCUGCCGGAACAGGGAAGACAGAGUCAGUGAAGGCCCUCGGUGGGCUGUUUGGUCGACAGGUUCUUGUCUUCAACUGUGAUGAGGGAAUUGACGUGAAGUCCAUGGGCCGGAUCUUCAUUGGCUUGGUCAAGUGUGGAGCGUGGGGAUGCUUUGACGAGUUCAACCGACUGGAGGAGGCGGUGCUGUCUGCGGUGUCGAUGCAGAUUCAAGUCAUCCAGGAUGCCAUCAAGAACAAGCUACCUGGCAUUGAGCUGCUCAACAGAAACAUUAACAUUGACCAUAACUCAGGCAUCUUCAUCACCAUGAACCCAGCUGGGAAAGGCUACGGAGGCCGACAGAAACUACCUGAUAAUCUCAAACAGUUGUUCCGACCAGUUGCCAUGUCCAAACCUGACAACGAACAAAUUGCUGAGGUCAUCCUCUUUUCUGAGGGUUUCAAACAAGGCAAGAGUCUUGGGAGGAAACUGGUCGCCAUCUUCAAUCUAUCCAAGGAGCUGUUGACCCCCCAGCAGCACUAUGACUGGGGACUGAGAGCCUUGAAGACAGUACUCAGGGGGUGUGGCAACCUGCUGCAACAGGCCAAGAAGGCACAGGGAGGUAAGGUUGAUCCUACACUGGAAACCAAGCUGGUUGUACAAGCUCUGAGGAUCAACACACUGUCCAAACUGACCUUCUCGGACAGCUCGCGCUUUGACUCCCUCGUCAGGGAUGUCUUCCCCAAUGUUGAGUUCAAGGACAUAGAGUACGAGCAGCUGGCUGAAGCCAUACGAGAGAUCUGCAAGGAGCUCAACCUUGUCAUCAAUGAGAACCAGAUCAAGAAGGCCCUGGAGCUGUAUGAGCAGCUGCGUCAGCGUAUGGGUGUGGUGGUAGUGGGUCCGAGUGGGUCGGGCAAGACCAUCCUGCUGAAGUUGCUGCGUCUCGCCCUCAACAAGUUGAGCAAGGAGGUGAAGCAGUAUGUCAUGAACCCCAAGGCCAUGCCCCGGACACAGCUGCUGGGUCAGAUAGACAUGGACACUCGGGAGUGGACAGAUGGUGUCCUCACAUACAGUGCCAGACAGGUGGUCCGAGAGCCACAAGAAAUCCAGUCAUGGAUUAUCUGUGAUGGUGACAUCGACCCCGAGUGGAUCGAGUCGCUCAACUCUGUUCUUGAUGACAACAGACUCCUGACAAUGCCAUCAGGGGAGAGAAUCCAGUUUGGUCCCAACGUAAACUUCCUGUUUGAGACCCACGAUCUGAGCUGUGCUUCUCCUGCCACCAUUUCCAGAAUGGGCAUGAUCUUCCUCAGUGAUGAGGAUGUUGAUGUGAAAGCUAUUGUCAAGUCCUGGCUGGGCUCCCAACCUGAAGCUGACCAGAGUUUAGUGGGUGGCUGGAUUGAGGACUACUUCUACAGAGCGCUGGAGUGGGUGCUGAAGAAGAAUGACUUUAUUGUGGACACGAGUCUUGUUGGUAAUGUCCUGAAUGGUCUGUCCCAUCUCCAUGACGUCAAGAACAAAGCUCACUUCUCCAUCUCGCUCAUCCAUGGACUUGGUGGCAACCUGGGCGAGGGAACAAGGGAGGACUUUGCCAAAGAGGUGUUCUCGUGGUGUGGUGAGAUGCCCCCUGACAGUCGGCGGCCCCUUGACACGUACUAUGAUGAGAGCCUUGGCCGCUUGCAGACAUACAGCCUGGAGGUGCUGGCAUUCAUCGAAGGGGUGCCAGACAUCCCAUCAGCUGAUCACUUCAUGUCCGGUUCCACGCUUCCUGUUAUCCGGACUGGGGACGUGCAACGCGGUCUUGACUACUUCACUCCAUGGCUCAGCAUGGACAACAAGCAGCCCUUCAUCCUCGUCGGCCCGGAGGGAUGCGGCAAAGGCCUGUUGCUGCAUCACAGCUUUGAGAACCUGAGGUCGACAUCAGUGGCAACAGUCCACUGCAGCGCGCAGACCAACCCCAGCCACGUCCUGCAGAAGCUGAGUCAGACAUGCAUGGUACUGAGCACCAACACUGGCCGAGUGUACCGCCCCAAGGACUGCGAGCGACUGGUGCUGUACCUGAAGGACAUCAACCUGCCCAAGCCAGACAAGUGGGGCACCUGUCAGCUCAUUGCCUUCCUGCAACAGGUGGUGACCUACAACGGAUUCUACGACUCCAACCUGGAGUGGGUGGGCCUGGAGAACGUGCAGAUCGUGGCCAGUAUGGGUGCAGGGACAGGACUCGGGCGACACAAACUCACCACUCGCUUCACCUCCAUAGUCAGGAUAUGUGUAGUCGGGUAUCCUGACCGGGAGCAGCUGCAGACCAUCUACAGCGCGUACCUGAAGCCGAUCUUGCACCGCCAGCUGUCUCAUCAUCCAGUCUGGGGCAACAUGUCCAAGGUCCAUGCUCUGGCUGGAUCCAUGGUCCAGGUGUACGAACAGCUGAGGUCAAGGUUCACAGUGGACGACUACAGCCACUAUUUGUUCUCGCCCCGAGAUUUGACCAACUGGGCCAUGAGCCUGCUGCGGUAUGACCUGAUCGGAGGUGCCAGUGAGAAUACCAGUGACCACCUGCUGGAGAUCUGGGCUUACGAGGCACGAAGACUCUUCAGGGACAGAAUCGUGGGUCAGGACGGCCUCAACCGAUUUGACAACAUCUUAAUGAGCAUUGUACGAGCUGACUGGUCUGGAAACAUAUUUGACAACAUAGACUCCAUCUACUAUGUGACGUGGGGGGCCCGGGCCGAUGCAGGGGCUCCAUCAGCAGCAGCAGGGGCUCCCCUUCCACCCUUUGGGAAACCCCUCGGCAAACUGUCAGAUGAUGAUCUCAAGGCUGUCAUUCAGAAGGGUCUUCGGAUCUACAGUCAUGAGAAUCGUGAGCUGGAUGUCCUGAUCUUCAGAGAGGUCCUGGACAACAUGGCUCGUGUUGAUCGUGUCAUCACCAAGCCUGGAGGAUCCCUGCUGUUGGCAGGCCGCAGCGGUGUCGGACGUCGCACUGCCGUCUCAGUAGUAGCUCACAUGCAUCAGAUGCAGAUGUACUCGCCAAAGAUCUCACGAGGAUAUGGCAUGAAACAAUUCAAGAAUGACCUGAAACAUGUGAUGCAGCUGAGCGGUAUAGAGGGGGAGCAGGUGGUGCUACUCUUGGAGGACCACCAGUUUGUGGAGCCUCAGUUCCUGGAGCUGAUCAACAGUCUGCUGUCUGCCGGGGAGGUUCCAGGACUCUACACCCCGGAGGAGCUUGAACCAAUCCUUGCUCCACUCCGAGACGACAUGUCCGAGGCAGGAUUCCGUGGAACCCUCAUCAACUACUUUGCAUCUAAGAUCCUGUGCAACCUGCACAUUGUGCUGGUGAUGGACUGCAACAACUCGAACUUCACACUGAACUGUGAGAGCAACCCGGCCUUCUACAAGCAGUGUGCCGUCCAGUGGAUGGAGGGCUGGAGUCGGGAGAGCAUGGUCAAGGUGCCCUUCAUGCUGCUGACCCGACCCCCCAAGGUUGAGGGUGGUUCUAUCGGGGAGCAGAGGCAGCACCAGCGCAAGUUGUCAGGCGGGGAGGAACUGUGCCGGUGUUUCCUGCAGGUCCAUGAAUCCUGUUCCAGGUUUGGCGCUACCCCACGGCGCUACAUGGUGUUCCUCAACACCUACAAUCAGGUGUACACUGCCAAGAAACAGAGCAUUGAACAGAGGCAACAGCAUCUGCAGGCCGGUGUGUCCAAGUUGAAUGACGCCAAGCACCUGGUGGAUGAGCUGAAGCGGAAGGCUGCAGACCAGAGUCAGCUCCUGGCACAGAAACAGUCGGAGGCUGAUGCCGCUCUCCGCGAGAUCACCGUCAGCAUGCAGAACGCCAGUGACCAGAAGAACGAGAUGGAGGUGUUGAAGCAGCAGGCUGCGGAGGAGAACAAGCUGCUGGAGAAGAGGAAGAAGGCCAUCGACGUGGAGCUGAUGGAUGUGGAACCCCUCGUCCAGGCCACCAGGAAGGCUGUCGGCAGCAUCAAGACCGAUUCCCUGUCCGAGAUCCGCGCCCUGCGAGCCCCGCCGGAAAUCAUCCGCGUCAUCCUGGAAGGGGUGCUCAGACUCAUGGGGAUAUUUGAUACGUCCUGGGUCAGCAUGAAGAGUUUUCUGGCCAAGCGUGGUGUGAAGGAGGAUAUCCAGACCUUCGAUGCGCGGAAGAUCACGGGAGAGAUACGCAAGAGUGUUGAGGAUUUGCUGAAGAAGAACAAGGAUUCGUUUGACCCUGUGAAUGCCAGAAGAGCGUCUGUGAUAGCGGAGCCCCUGGCGGCGUGGGUGAAGGCUAAUGUACAGUACUCCUAUGUACUGGAGAAGAUUGGACCACUGGAGAAUGAACAAAAUGAGCUGAGAAAGAACCUGGAGAAAGCAGAGUCUCGCAUGAGUCGACUUAGCGGUGCCCUGAAUGAGGUCGACAACAAGGUGGCCCAGCUCCGCAACAGAUUCGAGACCCUGACAAAGGAGGCAGCAGAGUUGAAGAUCAAGUUGGACAAGGAGAAUGAGACCAUACAGGCUGCAGAGACCCUUGUGUCCAAACUGGACGGGGAAUAUCAGAGAUGGAAUACCCAGGUUGGUGGGCUCUCCACAGUCCUCAGCGAGCUACCCAAACAAGCCAUGCUGGCAUCAGCGUUCAUCACAUACAUGUCCUCCGCUCCUGAAGAUGUCCGCAAAGACACCCUGCAGGGUUGGAUGGACACCAUUGGAGUCGGGGAGUUCGAUCUCCGCCGCUUCCUCAGUACCGAGAGUGAACAACUGAUCUGGAAGUCAGAAGGUCUCCCGUCUGAUGAUCUGUCCAUGGAGAACGCCCUAGUCAUUCUGCAGGAUGAGAGGAAUAAGUUGGUUUUCAGUCGUAAGAAGAGUUCACUGCGUCCAUUCUUGAUUGACCCGUCGUCGCGGGCGACAGAAUGGCUGAAGACGCACCUGAAGGAGAGCCGCCUGGAGAUAGUCAACCAACAGGAUGCCAACUUCAGCACUGCCUUGGAACUGGCUGUCCGCUUUGGCAAGACUCUUAUCAUCCAGGAGAUGGACGGCAUUGAGCCGGUUCUGUACCCACUGCUGAGGGGCGAUCUCACAGCUCAGGGCCCUCGCUAUGUUGUCCAGAUCGGAGAGAAGACAAUAGACUACAAUGAAGAGUUCCGACUGUUCCUGACCACGAGGAACCCAAGUCCAGAGGUCCCCCCGGAUGCAGCAUCGGUCAUCACCGAGGUCAACUUCACCACCACAAGGGCCGGACUCACUGGCCAGCUGCUGGCGAUGACGCUGCAGCACGAGAAGCCGGAGUUGGAGGUGCGGAAGACGGAGCUGCUGAAGCAAGAGGAGGACCUGAAGAUCCAGCUGGCCAAGUUGGAGGACUCCCUGCUGGAGGAGCUGGCGAGUGCCAAGGGGAACAUCCUGGAGAACAAGGAGUUGUUGGACUCACUCAACAAGACCAAGGCCAGCAGCAUCACCAUCUCCGACUCCCUGCACGAGUCUGUCAGGCUGCAGGCAUCACUCGACCAGGAGAGGAACACGUAUCUUGGCCUGGCAAAGAAUGGAAGCAUGUUGUUCUUCGUCAUCAGCGAUCUCUCCAAGAUCAACAACAUGUACCGCUUCAGUCUUGCUGCUUUCCUCCGAAUCUUCCAGCGAGCACUUCAAACGAAACAUGAUGGGAGUGGGACGGAGAUGAGAAUCAACACCCUGUCUCGCAAGCUGAUGCACAUGGUGUAUGAGUACGUGUGUCGCUCGCUCUUCAAGGCCGACCGUCUCAUGUUUGCCAUGCAUAUGGUCCAUGGCAUGAAACCAGAUCUCUUCAAGGAAAAUGAAUGGGAGGGCUUCUCGGGCACACUGGUUGCGGACAUCAAGUCUGACGCGCAGCGCAGUGCGCCGUCAUGGGUGGACCAGGAGAGAGCUGGUGCUGUAGCCUCACUCAAGGCCAACUUCCCCGACCUGUACAACCAGCUGAGUCUGGACGACUCUGGGCUCUGGUCCAACUUUGCCCGCAGCAGCAACUGUGAGCAGGAGCUGCCAUCCAUGGUCACCAAGAAGACGUCGCUGUUCCAACACCUGCUGGUCAUCCAGGCUGCCCGGCCGGACCGCCUACAGAGUGCCAUGAGCCAGUUUGCGUGCCAAGUCCUUGAACUGCGUGAGUUGUCUCCUGCAAGUGUGAGCUUGAAGAAACUGUAUCAGGAGACGAUAGCGACUGAGCCGGUGCUGAUCCUGAUAUCGCCCGGAGCUGAUCCCUCGCAGGAGCUGCAGGACAUGGCUGGGGAAACAGUCGGACUCGACAAGUACCACCAGGUUGCUAUGGGUCAAGGUCAGGCUGACAUUGCCAUGCAGUUGCUACACGAGUGUUCUCAAAAUGGAGACUGGCUGUGUCUGAAGAAUCUUCAUCUUGUGACUGCUUGGUUGCCUCAGUUGGAGAAGGAGAUGAACACGCUCAAGGCUCACGCUGACUUCCGACUGUGGUUGACAGCCGAGGUCCACCCUCGAUUCCCCACUAUCCUACUCCAGUCCAGUCUCAAGGUCACAUACGAGGCUCCACCAGGUGUGAAGAGGAACUUGAUGCGAACGUAUGAGUCAUGGUCACCAGAAUAUGUUAGUCGAGGCGGUAACGUGACCCGGUCACAGGCCCUGUUUGCCCUGGCAUGGUUCCACGCCAUCGUACAGGAGAGACGCAUGUACAUACCACAGGGAUGGACAAAGUUCUACGAGUUCUCUCUCUCGGAUCUGAGGGCCGGAGCCGACAUCAUUGAUCGACUCUGCAGCAGUGGAGGUCAAGACUUGAACUACCUCUUCAUACAUGGCCUGUUUGAGUUCGCGAUCUACGGUGGCCGUGUCGACAACCCAUUUGACAUCCGGGUGAUGGUGUCCUAUCUCAAGCAGCUGUUUGACGUCAACGUCCUGUCACCACAGGGGCGGAAUAAACGCCUUGGACCACUCAAACUGCCCAACUCCACCAAUGCUCGAGACUAUAUCGACACCAUCGAGUCCCUGCCUGAGUUUGACAAGCCAUCCUACUUUGGUUUGCCGGAGAACAUCGAACGUUCAGCCCAGAGAAUCAUCAGCUCCCAGGUCAUCACCCAGCUGAGAAUCCUGCAGAGAGCUGACGUCAAGGCCAGCAAGUUUGAUAAGGAAGUGUGGGCCAACGAGCUCGGACCAAUACUCAACUUGUGGAAGAAACUGAACCAGGGCUCCCAGCUGAUCCAGAUGAAGGUCUCUGCCCCAGGUGAGCGGGGUGGGAAGGAUUCCCCAAUCCUCUCCUUCAUCCAGCUGGAGUUCUACAACGCCGUCAAGUUGGUCCAGAAUGUGCAUGCCUCCCUGGCAUCGCUCUCCAAGAUCAUCAGGGGCACACAACUCUUGACCAAAGAGGUGCAGAAUCUGGCAGCAGCCUUGCUCAACCAGGAGACCCCCAUCAACUGGCUGAACCAGUGGGACGGGCCCGAGGACCCCAUCCAGUACCUGCGCGGCCUCGUCACCCGCACCCAGGCUAUACAGGGCUGGGUGGAGAGGGCACAGGGACAGAGUCUUCUCAGCAGCACCCUGGACCUGUCGGAACUCUUCAAACCCGACACCUUCCUCAACGCCCUCCGACAACAGACAGCCAGAGAGUUGCAGUGUUCCAUGGACAGCCUCAAGUUCGCCUGCAGCUGGCGCGGCUCCAUACAGGGGGCGCGCACCUCGGUCAAGAUCGGGGGACUGCAGUUAGAGGGAUGCAGCUUCGAUGGGUCAAGAUUGUCUGAGAACCAGCGAGACUCCCCCAGUGUUGCUGCCAUCCCUGCAUGUGUUGUUGCCUGGGUUCCUAAGGAUUCCUCCGACCCAUACAGCCAUGAUGAGAGCAUCUUGGUCCCCAUCUACUACAGUAGUGCCCGCGACCGCAUCGUUGCCCGACUCCACAUCCCUUGUGGCGGAAACCAAAGUCAGUGGCUGCAGUGUGGUGCAGCGCUCUUCCUGCGCAACCUGUAGAUCAGACAAACCACCCACAUCAACAGACAUUGUCUGACAUCACCAGACAUGGUCUGACAUCACAAGUCAAGAUCUAACAUCAACAGACAUGGUCUAACAUCAACAGACAUGGUCUAACAUCAACAGACAUGGUCUGACAUCAACAGACAUGGUCUAACAUCAACAGACAUGGUCUGACAUCACAAGUCAAGAUCUAACAUCACCAGACAUGGUGUAACUUCAUCUGUCAUGAUGAGAAAUGUCCAAAUAUCCUUUUCUGUUAUCCAUUUAUGAGUUAACGAGAACACUAGGUUUAGAGCAAAUAUUUUCUGCAGAUCAUUCUAUUUCUAAUGUAAAACAACUUAAAACCCCACACUGUACUGCCUUGAGAAAUGGAAUGUGAGUCUUGAAAAUUUAGUUGAUAAUAUCAUGAGUCCCACAUACUGCACACAGUCGUGUUGUGCUGUAAUGACUGUUUGGGCAGAUAAAUGUCAACAAGAUCUAUCCAUGUCACAUAUUUGUUGAGAACCAGCUAUAUCUCUUUUCAGAAACUUUCUUAUACUUCCCUUGUAUUCAUGUAAAUAAACAUGGCAAAUCUUUAUUUGAGGUAAAUGCAAAGUUAACUGACACAUUCAUCCAUCUAGAAUCAUGAAUUCCGUCCAGUUAUAUUCUUCAUAUAUGCUUUAACUUGCAAGGUAUCUCAAGCUUUUGUUUAAUGUUGAUGAAACUAUUUUCACAAUUUACAACCCACUGUUUAGGGUGUCUUAUUGUGCAACAUUCCAAGUGUAUUUGGGUGUACGACAUGAAAUGGAGACUUACAAAUUGUAAAUAACUGAGUAUUGUUAAGGUUCUGACUAUGAUCUGUACGUCAUGAGAGUUGUAGCGCUUUGUUAUGUUCAUAUUGUUGAAAACAUCAGAUCUAUUUCUCCGUCCAUGGUAGAUAAUGUAAUUUAUUGACCAGCAAAUGACGAUCUCACCGUCCAUUGUUAAUCUGUGAUAUGCUGACAUUAAAAGAUUUCAUGUA